AUGUCACAACAAGUAGGGUUCAGCUUCCAGGAGGAUAGCCUCCUUCUGUCCACAACUGGGAGACUUCUCAAGGCGCUUUCUGAUGCCAACGUCGACGUCCUCGCAGUGACGGCGGCAAUCCAACUGGGAAAAAGCCUCCCAACAAACCAAACCCAGCAGAGUAUUGCCUAUAAUGCAGUGGGAAAGCGCGAUGCCAAUCGCUCGGCGUUUCUCGUGAAAGGCCUGAAUGCUGAAUGGGUAUAUGAUCAUGUUGCCCAGGAACUAUGCCAAACAAGAGCAUGGUGCGCCACCCUGUUACUCCAAACUCCUCGCCACCUCCCAAGCAUGGCCUGCCUGCGCGACCACCGGCUGAAGUUUGUGUGCCUACCAAUGCGGGUGGUCAGUCGUCUCCACCACCACCAUCAAGCUCCCAAUUCCAACCACGGGAAAUCACUGCACCAGAACCAGAACACUGGUAUCCCAACCAAGCCGCUUCCCUUUCGGGGAGACUCUGCAGAGGAUGGCCUACUGUUUCCGAAUAUACCUAGCUCAGAUGACGGUAUAGAAGGGUUCUUCAGACUUCCAGGUGCACAGGAUGACAUUCCCAUUGACCCGGUAAUCCUUGCCAACCGCGGGUCUUGGGAGGACAUGGAUCCCAGUUAUCAAUCACACAAGUCGCCGACAGCCUUAUCAAUUCCGAGACGAUUUGUCUAUAUCCUGACCCUCCAACCCCUCUUUACAGCCCAUCUGGCCAUGAUCGAGAUUCCAGCGAAAGUGCUGGUGGUCAGAAUGACAGCACUCGGACAAGCGACCACUCUCAUAUCCAUAACAGUCGACAUCUGCGUCCUUCCCAACAAGGCACCGGUUCCGACACAUCCUACCCUAACGGUGCCCGUGGGAAUCGCCACGUCAAUGGACAGUCCACAGGUACUAAGCGAAAGACGCAACAAUUGGAUGAGGGCGCUUGCAAACGGUCUCGAAGCCCCUGUAUAUUGCCGUUCAGGGAGUACUCCUUCACCGUCCUUCAUUCUCACUUUGUGUCUCUACCACUCGACGAGCAUUCGUAAUUCCUCCUCUUGGCUAUUCAAAGGUGCUUUACCACGUUGUAUAUCCGACUAUUCUCUCACAGCUUCUGAACAAGGAGAUGCGCGGGCAAUCAGUCACUCGACUCUCCCUGAUGUGGUUGAGCAAGCGCGGCUAGAUAGCACGGAGGCCCAAGAAAGCUCGAGGAAAGGCAUGAAAUGGUCCCCAGAGAAGGAGACCCUUCUGCUGAAGCUGAGAGGUACGAGAAGCGGCCUUGGGCAGAGGUCUUGA